UCGAUUUCUAUAGCUUCUCUGGUUUACUGUUGACUUUUUUCUAUGGAUUAUCAUCGAUCUUCCGAUUAUCUCUUUAUCUUCACUUUGUUUGACUACUAUCUAGUUUCCUGUUUGGUGAUAGAGGUAUAAUCCCCUCUGGUUUACUGUUGUCAUAGUUUCUUAUCCUCUGGUUUACUGUUGUCAUAGUUUCUUAUCUAAUAUGGUGAAACCCGCCUUAUGGAUAUCAUGUGCAUCAAUUUUCUUUUAUGCUUUUUUUCCUCUAUUGUUCUUAUUUUAAUCCAGCCAUGAGGAGGAUCUUUAGCAUCUAUAUAUGAUGUACAAGUUGGAUGUUUUGGGGUUUUUUUGGCAUGGAGUGAGUCUUGUGGGAUUUUGUAGUUGAUAAUGGACUUCUUAGUCUAAUUAGUUUUAAACAACUACUCAAGCAGAGUUUUCUGCCAUUAUAGAUAGCUCUCUAGCUGAUAGGAUGGAGCGGGGAUGCUUUACUUUGAUACGGGGUUUAUAUUCUUAACUUGUUUCUGGAUCAGCAAUAUAGUAAGGGCUAAUGGAUUGUUAUUAGUUGUCUAUUUUCAGAAAGGUGUCAGAUUCAUAAAGGGUAAAGUAAGAAUCUUGUGACAUGAAUGCAACCGGAAUCAGAUCCUAGUGGAUUUGUAUAGGCUUCUGAGUAAUGUCUAAGAUCAUGGGAUACUUAAUGCAAGGUCUUAGGAAACAGGAGAAUCGUGGAGUCUGUGCAGUUGUGCUUAAGAUGAAUAAUACAAUAUCUACCCAAAAAAGAUUGAAUAGUGAGCAUUAUGUAGCAACCAUCACUGAGGAUCUUGAGACAACUUGCUGGGGUUGUGGAAUGCGGCUUUUUCUACCGUCAUAUGCACUUAUUUUUAAGUGUGGCUGGUGUGGAGCUAUAACAAACCAAAACUUGCACAAACCUGAAAACAAGUGGUUUUGGUGGAGACGCUUGCGUGACCGGAGCUUUGUCUGUAUCCUCCUCGGUUUUAUGCUCUUUGUAAUAUGUGGUGGCGUGUGGGCAGUAUAUCCCGUUGUCUUUUCUAUCAGCUACUUUUAUGGGAUUUUUCACAGUAUUAUAACAAUUUUCUUGGCCAUAUCAACUCUUUCAACAUUCAGCCUUGCAGCAUUCCGAUGUGCUGGUACACCGCCAAGUAUUCUCUGGGGUAGCUACCCAGCUGUGGGGAAGGGUGGCCUUGAGAACUAUACAUUCUGCCACUCUUGUUCCAAGCCAAAGUCACCUAGAACUCAUCACUGUCGUUCAUGUGGAAUGUGUGUACUGGACAUGGAUCACCACUGCCCUUUUAUUGGGAAUUGUGUUGGUGCAGCUAAUCAUCGACAUUUCAUUGCGUUUCUCAUUUCAGCCAUCAUAAGUACUAUUUAUGCUUCCAUCAUGUCUGCAUAUGCAGGCAUGCAUAUCUGGCCACCAGUAGGAUAUAGAUCUCCUGUCCGCUUAUAUGGAUUGAGCGGUGAAUUGUUACUGAGAGCAGCUAAGGAGGUAAUAAUAGCUUUUCUAAGCUCUGCUGUGCUUCUAUCCAUGAGAGGGAUUGUUCUUGUUUACCUAUUUGUUGCAAGCCUCUCUGUUGAGAUUGGGUUAAGCGUUCUUCUAUGGCAGCAACUCUGUUACAUUUAUGAAGGAAAAACCUACUUGAGCCAUUUAAGUUCGGGGGAAGGAGAAAGGAAUUGCCAAAAUCUUUUUCGUUUUUUUGGUUGUCCAUAUUCUAUUUUGCGGUACUUGCCCAACUGGAGGACUUCACAGAAGAGACACACAAAGUGAGAAGCGCAUAUAUAUAUAUAAAUUAUUUAUAUCUGUUGAGAGGAUGAUAUCCCUUAGUAUUGAUUAGUUCUUUUCUGGAUCAUUAUCAGCCUCUGGCUCAUAGUUUUAGGACACUCUUCAGAAAGAAACUUCUUAUAAAAAAUUUUGUUGAAACAGUCGGGUGUAUUGACAGUGGGAAUGUUACAAGAACACUAUAUUUGUUUUUUACA